CAGAACUAGAAUUGCAAUCCCAUUUCGGUAAAAAAAACCCUAGCAGUUGAUGAGGCACUAGAGAGAGCACAAUUGAACUUCAGGGAGGGAAACAAAAUAGCAAUUUCCCAAGUUAAACAGAUGAUGAAGCAAGUAAUUAAGUUGCAGGCUCCCACCAGAGAGGGGGAAAACCGAUUACCCAUUGAGGAAGACAACAGUGCCGAGGCGGAAAAAGAUGGCGAGAGCCGCUCCUGCAACAUCCAAGCCCUUGUCGGGUCGGAUAGCAAACCGCUUUGGCUCCGACGUCUUGAAACCGGCCGGGGCAGCAAAUGAAGGCGCUGCUGAUUGUUCUUCUCUUCUAGUGGCUGCGGUCGUGGCGCCGGAGCUCGGAGGUGUAUCCGACAACGACGAGGAGGCCCUGGUUACGGGAAUGGAGGUUCUGAUACCGGCAGGAACACUGCCGCGGCGGGAAAUUGUUCAGAGGAAUGGAAACUGCGAGACGUUGAUCACUCCGGCCAUUGCUCGCGGAUUAAAGUACAGCGCUGGACUGGAGCGCUGGUUCUGAUGAGUGAUUGGUAGCUGCCGAAGCAGUGGAGAAAGAGUUCGGUGGUUGUGUGCCGUUGUUCGUAGAAAAGUUUGACUUCAUCGUUUCAGGGAUGAUGAUUGAAUGGAGAUUAUGACAGGUAAUUUAGAUAUCGUUUGUGUGAUAUAUUUAUCACACAAAUACAAAACAUUAUGGGGUCGUUUAGUAGUUGUGAUUGUUAGAGUUGUGUUUGUUGAAUACAUGUAUUGUGCACAAUAUAAUGUUUGGAAGUGCUAAAAUGUAUAACAAUGCAUACAUUGUUUUAGGUAGGCCUCACCAAUAAUCACAAAAAAUAAUGCACUAUACAAUCUCAACUAAAAGUUGAGAUUGUUGUUUUUAUAUUUUUGUCAACUUUUUCAUUUCAUUUAUAUCCCUAACUAGCGUUGUGACCGGCCUUUGGUUGGGGUAACAUUUAUAUUGUUUUAUCGCUUAUGAUUUUUGUGACAUGUUUGGGUAACAGUUAUAAUGUUUUAUCGCCUAUGAUUUUUGUGACAUGUUUGAUUUCACUUUCAUUGCCACAGAAUAUGUAGUGAUAGUAGAUUCUGACCCUAUUCAUGCGAUCUAUCUACUCCGACUUCUUUGGAGUGAGAAUUAUCAUACCACAAUAGCGUGGGGGAGGACAUUUGUACUACUUUCGCUAUGCCUCAUCCUGUUCCGUCAUGUUUUCGACCUGUUUUUAUCAUUGUUUGCAAUAUCAAUGAGAAACAAAGUUUCGGAAUUCCCUUCCUAAAAAAAAUCGUAAUUCCGUUUGGAGCUUGAUGCGGCCACGCCUUUAAUUGGCGGUGUCGUUUUGGCACAUAAGUUAGCAUUGCUAUUGCGAUUUGCGAAUGCUAAUAGCAAGUUUUAUUUCUGCAACUUUCACACUGGUUGUAGUAUGCACCAUAAUACCAUUUCGAAGAGUUUUGUUUCAGAACCUUCUUAUGUUGGCGAAUCAACGUUCUCAUCCUAAUAACAACAGAUAAAUACAUAAUGCAUAUGAGUAAUGUAGUUUAAUGCAAAACAUCAAACGGAAGGAAUUCUUCUAAACAAAUGAACGAAACUGCAAGCAUGGCUUUUCUUAAAAAUUUGCUGAUAGACUCAUAAGUUAGAUUACAGAACAAAUAGAAGGAAAUUUAGCAAACGAGCAAGGUUCGCAUUAUGUUUGUGGAGGGUGCCCUUGUUGUGCUUUCCAAGUACGGAGAAAAGCCAUUAACAUUAAUUCAGGAGAAAAUGUAAUAGGAUAAUUCAUUGGAAAUUAAACACCAAAUGCAACUCUGACAUUAUGCAGAAAACACGCAACCAUGACACAGAAAGCCCACGUAGUAAGUGAGAGUUAAGAACAUUCUAAAACAUAUUUCUCUGAUUCCACUGAACCUCCAAUAGACCAUAGUUUGUAGAAUGGUAAUCACUCUAGGUGUAAAGAAUCUUGCGGAAAAAAUCAAGAUGUCGCCUGAACUACUCUUGCUUGAGCAGAGGCUAUAUACUACUGCUUCCUAAUGAUAAUUGCAAAUGGCUAAUAAUAAAAUUCUUCUUCUGGGCUUCUUCAAACAUCUAAGAAGUGAGAUUGGUUUUCCAGGAAAGGUAGCUUAAGCACUUUUCUUCCAACUGCUGCGUAUUUCAGGUUCCAUAUAUUGAUGCAAUGACAACAUAAUUUGAAUAGAGUUGUUGGAAAAAACUUCUGUAGAGCAGGCCAUUUUAUGAGAUCCUAAUGCAUCUACAAUCAAUUGAUUGGGUCUGAAUGAUGCUGGCGGUUAAAAGGAGAAGAUUAGAAGGUUAUAUACACAACUACUCAGCUAGCUUGCUCUUUGACAAACGGUAUAUAUGGAAAAUUACAUCCUAUUAAGUGAGAAACAUGCACAAUAUGAUAGUUGAGUAAUUGAAUUAUGAGCAACUUGGGAUUCAUUGGCAAAAGGAUGGGAAAGGAAGUAUGUGAAUAACUAACAACGUAGAAGAGAUUGGCGAUGAAGUAAACUUAUAUGGUAGAUCAAUUCAAAGAGGAGAGCACAACUUACCAUGGGGAACCCUCAAUGAGAUUAGGGAGGGAAUAUCUCUACUGGAAUUGAUACCGUAGAACCAAAUCUUUGGUUUCUUUGGCAACACUAACUUAUGCUGCCAACUAAGCAGUUCCAUCCGUUUUCCCUUAACAACCCCCCACCACGCCUUCCUAGUCGGAAGUACCCAACUGGCCAGUAGUUACCAGACAACCCAGACAGAACAAAAACAUGAGAGGAAAUUGGAGCCAAGUUUGUCCACCGACAAAAGCAAUCAUUGUUGUUACCUGUAGCGAAAAAAUGAAUGGCACGCUGGUGUCGAGAAAUUACAGAACGCUUCCCAAGUAGCCAGGGAAAAACCAAAACCCAAAGAGAUAAAAAAAUAUAUGGGAGGUAACGAAUGAACACUUGUGCCAGGCUGCUAGGAAUCUGUCGUGAUCAAAGAAGUACGGGAUAUUUGCAGAUUCAGUUGUGAAAAUCAAUACAGGGCAGGCGGUUUGUCGAAAGGGCAAGAGCAGCGGUGGGGAUGGCGGAAGACCGGCAACGCAUUAUGAUAGAGGGCGGUGGGGCAUGCGAUUGCGGCGAAAAGAAGGGAAGUUAUAACGAAUCUGUCAAAGGAGGGACAUUUACAGGGAAGGCGAUUAUAUGGAGAGGGUAUUUGGCGGAGAGCAGCGAAGUAAACAGGGGUUUUCCACCCGGUAUUUUAGAGGCUAACGUGGAUAGCUUCUAAUUACAGGAAGGGGUAUGUGGCAGUGGCUUUAAAAUGAAAGUGCUUUAAUAUAUUUUAAGAUAGUUU